CCCUGCAGAAGCGAAAGUAUUUACACGGACACUCAAGUCCCAGGCCUGUCUCGCGUGGGGACACACAGUAGGCAGGAAUCGGAAAGCACAAAAUACAACAAGAAAUCGAUGCGUGUUGGGCGCGAAGCGUCGACGCGCCUCAAAGGAACGCUAAGAAAAGGCAGGGAGAAGGGCGCGCAGCCUGGACGCGGGGCCGGGGGAUUGCAUAAUUGCAGCUCCCCCUCCAGAAAAUGGGCUCCGAACCGCGGCGACCAUCAUGGCGCUCGGGUCGGGCCGCGCUUCCCGCGCGCCUUCCCCGAGCGCUCGGGCCGCGGGCACCGAGCCCCAAACGAGCGUUUUGCAAACAUUUACCCCCACCCUCCUCCCUCGGGCGCCUGUUCCACCCCCCCCACCCCCGCUUCCUUUUGUGUGCCCGCGUAUGUGAGUGCGUGCGUCCGUCCGAGUGUGUAUAGGACUAGGGAACUUGAAGAUUAUUUUUUUCCUCUCUUUUUUCGCUCCCGGGCUGGUGGUUGUAAACUUGAUUGGCAUUGGCUGCGCCCACUGACCCCUGCGCCGAGUCCACUGAAAAUUUAAGGUGGAUCCGAAAGGCUCCAGCUUCUAGCGCUUUAGCUGGUUUGGGAGGAAAGGGAAGAAAAAAAAAAAAAAAAAAAAAGCCCCAAACCUUGCGCCCGGCGCGUUUUCACGAAUCCCCUGCGGUACCAGCCCCCGCGCCCGCCCCGCCCCGCCCGCCCGCCGCGCUCUUCCUCCGCCCACCUCCCGCUCCUUCCCCAUUGGCCCGAUGGUGCAGUUUGAAUUUUUUUUUUGGAUGCUUGUUUGCUUGUAAAAAAUACGGUACCCCACAUCGUGUGACGAAACCUAUUUCGGCGCCCCGAACUGGGGAGCUUCAGCUGGUUCUGGGGAGGAGGGUGGGCGGAGCAUCUGUCUGUUCCAAAAUUUUGCCCCAAAGUGCCGUUGACAGUGUGCAGGCGGGUGGGGGAGCGUGGGGCCGCGGUAAACAAACCCGAGCAGAUUUGGCGGGGGCAGAGAUGUAGUAUAAAACGUUAAUGGAUGUCCGGGGCACGCCGUUUCGCCGGCUGCUGGCCAGAGGUGCUAGGGAGGCGCUGACGGAAGCCCAGGAGAAGAUGCACCUUCCCCUGCCUUGGAAAGGUGGAGGAAGGAACCGUGGAGCCAAGGAACACAGAGCCUCUAGAAGCUGGAAGAGGCAAGGAAAAGGAGCCUCCCCUAGAGGCUCCAGAAGGGAAUGCAGCACCGUCAACACCUUCAUUGCCACCCGUGAGACCCAGGUUAGACUUCUAGCCCACAGUCCUGCAAGGUCUGUACUAUGAUUACUGAUGCUCUGAAGAUGACGACCCUCCUGUAUCCCAAUAAGAUUCCUCGCCCAAGAAAUACAAGCUUAACUGUGGUCUUCUAAACCCGAGCACCCAAGGAAAUAUCCAGGGAAGUUGGGAGCUGAAGAACCAGGGUACAUUCCCACCUUGCCCCCUGCCCCAGUGCACUCUGGCUCACAUUCCGUUUGGAGUGAUUAUGUCUAUGGGGACAGAGGAAGAUAUGUUCCUACCUUUUACCUGAAAAGCACAGGGAGACACUGAAGGCAUCUUGACUAAGUUCAUAUUUCUCCUUUGAGGAGCUGUAGCCGGAAUAUUUGGACAUGGACCAAAUUCUGAAAAAUCAAGUUCCAAAGGACUGCGGUUGUGAGUCAUAGCAAAUGGUGUCGCGUUGAUAAAUACAAAGCAUAGUUAUAAAGAUGGAGAAAUUCAUUAUGCUCCAGAAAGAUAUGGCUGUUAAGACUUUCCAGAUGAACCAGAGAGUUGAGACCAUAAUUAUUUAAGUGAAAAACCAAUUUGGCCUUCCUAUUCGAAGGUGGGAAUAUUAGAAGGAUGAUGUAUUUGGGGCUUCCAGGCUGAGCUCCAACCGCAUAUCUGAAUGCCCCAGAAAGUAUCCACAGAUGCUGUAUGUGUUUUUCCCUUCUGAAUUAUCCAGAUGAUUGCCCUUCAGCCCAUGCUUCGCUAACCUAGGGAUAGGAUCCAUUCAUUUAACUAUUGUAUGGGCUAUAAUUGCCACUUCAAAUGAAAACCCAGGAAGCCAAAUCCAGGCUGUUGAAAGUGUAUAAUUAGCUCCUUGUACAGCCUGACCCCACUGAUUUUUCUGACGCAUUUGGCCUGCAGUGUGCCCUUUCUGAGACCUCCAGUAUCUUCUCCACAGCUGGAGAUGCCCAAAACUGCACGCAGCACUUCCUGUGGGUGUGGUCUUACAUUCUUAAGGCUGUGGGCUGAAUGAAUCGCCUUUCAACCACUCAGAGCCACAGUGACUUUUAAAAUACGGGAGUGGAUUAUGAGUAGCUACCUCAGACAUAAGAGGGUUCUCCCUCUUCUUUUUCUUUGUAAAAAAAUGAUUUUGUGGUGGUGCCCUCUCAAGAAACACUAUAAUUGGUCAGCCUGGGGUACGUUAGUUGUCCUCCCAGAUAACGUCAUUAGCUAUUCUCAGGAGAGGAAAGGCAGGGUAUGCCCCUUGGGAGAAUGACAACACUUGUUUCAAGUUGGGGAAGAGCCUGUGGUUCUUUUCCUGCGUUUGGGGGAAAGCGAACACACAAUGUUCAUUUCCUAGAUACGGGAUGUGCUGUGUGGCUGGCAGGUCAUUUUCCACCAUGUCACAUCCUUCUGGUGGAAGGCAGCAGGGGCCAGGACAGGAAACGGCAAAUUCUGAGAAUGAGACCAGGCUUUCCCAGAGCAAUCAUUGGUUCUCUGGAACUAUAAAGCAUGCUCAUCCAGAAACAGCCUCAGAUUUUUCUGUCCUGGAGAUAGCCAGAAGUGAAUGGGCAUGGAGAGGCCGGCGGCGCGGGAGCUGCAGGGCGCCGACGCGCUGCGCCGCUUCCAGGGGCUGCUGCUGGACCGCCGCGGCCGGCUGCACGGCCAGGUGCUGCGCCUGCGCGAGGUGGCCCGGAGCCUCGAGCGCCUCCGCCGGCGCUCCCUGGCGGCCAACGUGGCGGGCAGCACGCUGAGCGCCGCGGGCGCCGUGGCCGCCAUCGUGGGGCUCUCGCUCAGCCCGCUCACCCUGGGGGUCUCGCUGGUGGCGUCGGCCGUGGGGCUGGGGGUGGCCACCGCCGGAGGGGCCGUCACCAUCACGUCCGACCUCUCCCUGAUCUUCUGCAAUUCCCGGGAGUUGCGCCGGGUGCAGGAGAUCGCCGCCGCCUGCCAGGACCAGAUGCGCGAGAUCCUGAGCUGCCUGGAGUUCUUCUGCCGCUGCCAGGGCCGCGGGGACCGCCAGCUGCUGCAGUGCGGGCAGAACGCCUCCAUCGCCCUGUACAACUCUGUCUACUUCAUCGUCUUCUUCGGCUCACGUGGCUUCCUCAUCCCCAGGCGGGCCGAGGGGGCCACCAAGGUUAGCCAGGCCGUGCUGAAGGCCAAGAUUCAGAAACUGGCCGAGAGCCUGGAGUCCUGCACCGGGGCCCUGGACGAACUCAGCCAGCAGCUGGAGUCCAGAGUCCAGCUCUGCACGAAGGGCGGCCGUGGCCACGACCUCAAGAUCUCUGCGGACCAGCCCGCGGGGCUGUUUUUCUGAGAACAUCCUUUCCCCCUUGUGACCGAGGCCAGAAACCAUCCCCAUGGGAUGCUCCAGAUUUGUAGCUCCCUCAGGAAAACACCAAGUUGGAUUAGGAGCUGAACUGAAUGCAAAGGAUGAGAAAAACUGUUCUUGAAAUUGGGGGAAGGAGGGAGUCACAGACCUUCUUUCCCUAACACUAGGACAUCCUGCCUGGGGCUGAAUGCUAGGGACUUUUUACUUGCCAUAUCCUGUGGGACAUGUGACCCGAAAAUUAUUUUUCCUUUAUCAAAACGAUUCAGUCUCCACAACGGUGGGUGCUACUCUGUUGAAGUUGUUUCAGGGUCCCUGCCACAGCGCAGGUGGUUUGAGCAGGUUGGGGAGGGUGCCACGCAGCCACCCUCUGGGUCCUCUCCAAGCCCCAGUAGGCUUUGAGGUCCUCAGGAUGCCUGUGAGAGGAGACACUAGCUUUGAAACCUCUCUUUCCGAGUUUCUGAGUGUAAAAGAACUCCAGAAUCCAGAGCAAAUCAGACCCCCUCUGAACGGGCAGGGCUCAUGACCCAAGAGGGUCCUCUCCCACUGAUGUGCCCUUCCCUCCCCUCUACUUGUACACGUUCUCAAAUCCAGCCUGGGGCAGAGUGCAUCUUCCUGGGUGGGGGAGGGAAUCAUAUCCAGACCUCCAGAUACCCUGGGAGAAAAACCAACUAAACGGUCCUCUAAUUCCUGCCCCCUCGCAACAAGAAGCAGAGGCCAAGGAAGAUGAAGUGACUAACAGCUUCAUUUACUGACAUUCUGGUGUACAGAAGAGAGCAGUGGCUUGGAGUGAGACAGUGCUGGGUUUGUUACUGGCUCUGUUGCUGCUGUGUGACCUUGGCCAGUUCAUUUCUCCACGACUUGGCUUCCUGGUCUGUAGAACAGAUGCUAAACCCUCACCCUGUUGCGAGGUAUUAAGUGAGAUUAAGGUGCCAAGGGCAGUGUCUGGCUCACAAAGUGCGGCCCCUGGACUGGCAACGUUAGAAUCACCUGGGAACUUGUUAGAAAGGCAAAUUCUUGGACCCAACUGUCAACUUAAGGGAUCCGAAACCGGAGGUGGGGCCCAUCAACCUGUGUGUAAGCAAGCCCACGGGGCGGGGGGUGGGGGGGUGAUUCUGAUAACCUAUUAAGGUUUGAAAAUCACCGCAGCAGAUACUGGUAUCCGACCCCCUUGUGGGCAUUCAUGAAGUUUUAUGGCCUCCCUAGGGGCUCCGUGGUCUUCAGAGUCAUUCACAGAAGGUCAAGCACAGACAGUGUCCCAAAAUCAAAAGAAAGAAUGUGUUUGUGCGUGAGAUCCGUCAGUGCAUCCUGGGGCAAUUUCCCACCAUGUGAAGUAAGGGAUAUAACAUAAUAACCCCUUUAGAGGGCAGUGUUGCCCAAUCAUUGUAGAAACUGGUACCUGAAGGACUGUGAACUUAAUGCAGAUUGACCUUUGUUACCUUCUAUGAAAACCGCCAGACCAUGUAUUGUGUUUUUAAUUUAUUUUAAGUUUGUUAUUUAAUUACCGUUUAUUAUUUGCAUUUAAUUUUAUUUAAUCACCACACCACAUUUAGGAAGUAAUAGGAAUAGCAGACUUCUGAAUGGGAGACUAUGGACGCUCUUUUAAGGAGAUGAGGUUGAGUUUGCCUUUGUCAGGUGGCUCAUGAGCUGGAAAAAGCAUCGCUCUCCUUGAAUAAGUCUCUCUCCGUCAGAGGGGACUUUCAUUCCCCAGCAAAGGCGGGAAGUUCUGAACAGAGAGAUGGGGCCGAAUUUAAGUUUAUCAGUGGAGGUUUGACUUGUGGGCUCUAGAAAUGAUGCAAGCAUAUUUAUCCUGAAGGCAGUUGGCCAGCAAAUAACACUUGAUCUGAAAAGUGAACCUGUUUUAUUCAGGGGAGAACCCCAAUUUAGAGGCACGUGAAGGAAACACUCAGACCAUGGGAAGUCUGAUGUCCUGUGAAGUUAUGUCUUAGGGAUGACAGACAAAAUAGCUUGUGUCAUGGUGGCGAUGUGUCAUAUUUUCACUUUGAGAUCUGUAAGGAAUCUGUAAGCUGUCUCUAAGAAAAUACAUAUAACUUUUUCAAUUUCCAUUCCUACAACUGUAAUGUUAAAAAAUAUGUCGAAAAGUCUUUGGGACCACACACGCAAUACUUGGCUGUGUUAUUUAAUUAUUUAACAUACUUUAAAUUUAUCCAGUCUACCCCCAUCUUUCCCAAAUGAUAGCCGAGUGUCUGAGGAACUGUACUUUCAGUGCUGGGGGAAGGGUUUAGUGGUUGUAAAUUUUUAUUUUUACCACAAAUUGCAAUUGCUCUGUAUCCUGGUUUCUUUUGAAGUUGGUACUGGUUUCUUUUUAAACUGGUGUCGUUUCUUAGGCUACCUUGCACAGAUAGCUAGCAUUGUAGAUCACCAGAAUGUACUUUGCAUUGUCGUUUAUGUUAUAUCACACAGGUACAACCACUCCCUAACUCCAGCUUUUAUUAAAGCUGAAGUUUGAGUUAUAGUCUUCCAGUGGGUAGGUUGUUCCUUCCCUAAAAAUAAACUGGGCAUUUCAGGAAGCAGCAAUAGCAAACUUUUCCUAUCAUUAGGGUAUUUCCUAUCACUAGGGGGAUAUCAAAGUCAUAAACUCCCAGUUAUCAUUUCAAUGGCCCUCUUUACACCUAAGGAAGAGUGUCUACUUUGGAACAACACUCCGCACAUAAUAGGAGCACAAUAAAUGCAUUUGAAUAAUUUAAUGAACUGUUUAGCUACAUUAAUAGGAAUCUGUCGAUAAUGAAAGCUUAUCCACCCUCUUAUGUGUCUGUUAUAAAGAUUGGAGCCUCUACCAGGAUUUAGUCAAUUUCAGUUAAAUGGAUCCUAGAGAUAAAUUUUUAUUUAUUUCUUUUGUGGGAAUGUGAAAAGGCUUUUCCUUAAGGCCCUCAUUCUAUAAACAAACAGAUUGAAAUGGUAUGUUGUAAAAGGAAGAAGGGAGAGGAGUAUUUGGAUUAUAAGUGUAUUUCAGGAAAAUGUCCGAGUUUGAAAAAUAAAAAUUUUGUACUCGGGUCUAAGUGCGAUUGUUAGUUUCUUGGGUUUCUAAUUGUUUGGAUUGUUUUUUUUCCCCCACAAAAAAAGGAGGUUUAUUUAGCUCUGCAUUUCAAGGAUUCAGUAAAACUAUGUUUUACUCUCUGAAAAAAAUGGUCCUUAGCAAAUAUUCUGAUCUUAAUCACUUUGAUGCAUUUGCCCUCAGUCACCUGUCAUUUCCAAGAUGGCAAAUGUCAAAGUCGAAAGUAUUUACUGAGAGAAAAAAGAGAAGAGUGCUGUAGAAGCCACCCUACAUCAGAUAAGUUAAAGUCAGUCAACUUGAUAUAUUUCUCAUUCAAUACCUUAGUGCGAAAAGAAAGUAGAGGGAAGUGAGACAUUGAGAUAAAAACAUUGCGCAGAGAUAAAUGGGGAUACAGUUCAAUGCAGCGAUUUCUGAAUUCCACAUUUUUUUUCCCACUGUGCGCAAAAUAAGUUCUUUCCUUUCAUUGAAAUAAAUUACCCAUUCCUCAGACUUCUUGACCUUUCUGUAACUAAUUACCUAAUCUCAUGUCUGCCUGUGUAUGAAUUAAUAACUUUGAAAAGGGGCAGAUGUGUAAUUAUUUUCACUUAGAAUAUUCCAUAUCAAGCGGUAUAAUUUUUAAAAAGUAAUCAACUCAUAUUACAGGAAUUUUCUUAUUAUCUAGAAGUCUCAGCAAGUUUCAAAGCCUUUGGACACAAUUACAACCUGGGAAGUAAUUGAAAAGAGACCUAGAAUCAGCCAAAUCAGCCUUCACAAAAGCCAAGCACUAGAAAAAGGCAGAAAGGAAGGGUGAGGGGCAGGAUCUCUAUGAGGAAGGCAAAACUGUCCCAGAAAUUUCCAGGAGAUUUUACCUUGCAAGUAGCUGAUCUUGACCAUGGGAGGCCUGUUAGGAAAUGCAGUAGUUUUAGCUACAAAUUUGCUGCUCCAAAUAUACCUAGGAUUCUUUUGUAAAGAAGAAAAGGAGGCUGGACAUCGAGUGAGAGGUCCAGCAAUCUAAGCAAAGAGUCUGUAAUGGUUGCUGCAAUCUUUUGAGAACUUCUGUCCUGGAGGUGAUCUCUGAGUGCCAGCCUCUGAGUCUCCACCUUGGAAACACCCCUGGGGCCGAAUGUUGCAUUAUUAAUGACUGUGCAA